ACCCCAACGCAACCCUUCCGCUUCUUCGACCUCCCCGCCGAGAUCCGCCUGCGAAUAUACGAGCACCACCUAACCUUCUCACACACGAUCGACCUGGACCCCGCGAACCACCGGCUCCUCUCCCCCCGCCUCUCCCUCUUCCUCACCUCGCACCGCACGCACGCCGAAGCCUCCCGCGUCUUCUACGCCACAAACACCUUCCGCCUGCUCCCGCUGCACGGGCGCUUCUUCCACUCCCCGCGGCCGCUGCUCGCCCGCCUCCCCCCGCGCUACCGCCACGCCCUCGCGACGCUCGAGCUGCGCCUCGGGCCGGGCUGGACCGGGCUUCCGAAAAGCUGGGCCGUGUCGCCUGCGUCGGAGGAGCGCGGCCGCCAUAGGCUCGGCCUCGCCGAGCUGGAGAGCAUGCGCACCCUGUGCGUGUUUGUCGAGUGCGACCCUGCGUCUGACGACACGUUUGCGGGCUUCAGACGCAAGGGCGACGACGGCUAUUUCUCGCGCUCGUGCGCCGAUCUCCUGAGCUGCGUCUUGCUGCUCGCCCCUGCUGUCGAGAGGGUGCGCUUUGAUGCGUUUCCUGGCAUUGGGCGGGACUCGCCGCUGCUGCGGGAGCUGGUGGGCGUGCACAAGAAAAAAGUCCGCGUCGAGUGGGGCCCCGAGCGGGGCUGG